AUGGUACGGACUACAUCUCGGUCAGAAGGGGAAAAUAGCUUCUUUGGUAGGUACUUUAGUCCAACAGCUACCUUGGUUGAGUUCUUCAGUCACUUUGACUCUGCAAUCGAUGUACAACGACAUAUACAUUUGAAGUUAAAUGCGGAUUUGUCCAUUAAAGCAUGUGGGGACAUUAUUACGUAUGACAUUAAGGAAGACGAUGUCCGUCUGUUUACUGUGCAUUACAAUAGAACAGACAACAGUGCAACAUGUAGUUGUUCAAAGUUCCAGAGGGUAGGGAUGCUGUGCCGACACAUUUUUAUGGUCUACAAAGAUGCUCGGAUAGAUAACAUCCCUGUUGCUUACAUUGUUGCCCGUUGGACUCGGGGUGUUUGCCUGCCUCAAGUGUUUGGCGUGAACGGACAAACGGUCGAUUUGACAGCACCUAAAGACGGCUCCAAGACUCUUAUCAACCAACUAUGGACAGAGAUUCAUGCAUGGGUUAGUUUAGCCAAGACCGAUACUGUUCGUGUUAGGUAG